UCUCCGUCUUUCUGUCUUGACAUCAGGGUAGUUCCAGGACCUGCAUCUUCUCACCAGGAUGAACUCACUGGUUUCCUGGCAACUAAUGCUUUUCCUUUGUGCCACCUCCUUCAGGGAGACAUUUGAAAAGGUGGCGCCCAUGGAGCACCCUAGAACCACAGGCCCGCGGCUCGGACCCCCAGCGCUCCGGGCCCCGUGGGAGCAGAGCCGGCGGUGUGAGGAGACCAAGCCCGCCGAGGCCGGUCCGGGCCGUCGGGGGGCGUCGCUGUGCCCGCCUCCGGAAAGCUCCGCGGGGCCCCAGGGGCCGGGCCCGUGCGCCCCCGGCAGCCGCCUGAUCCCCGCCCCGCGGGGCGCGGUGCUGGUGCAGCGGGAGAAGGACCCGUCCGCCUACAACUGGAACUCCUUCGGCCUGCGCUACGGCAAGAGGCAGGCGGCGCCGCCCGGGAGCCGCGGCCGAGGCGCUGGGCGGGGCUGA